GCGCCUUUCUCUCUCUCCCUCUCUCGCUCUCCCUGGCUCUCGCACUCUCGCUCGCUCUCGCUCGCUCUCUCUCGCUCGCUCUCCCUUUCCCGUCUCUGUGGUUUGUAAGGGAGACAGCGACUAUGAGGAGACAAACUGAGGACUGGGGAACAAGCAGCAUAAGAAAGAAGUGUUGAGAACUGCUCUUAACCCUUUUGGAGGCCGAAGUCAAAAGGAGAAAAGCAGGGAUACAGUAAGAGGAAUCAAAACAUUAUUAGACCUCUUUAAGAGCCACCAGCAUAUCUGGGCAUAAAUUAUACAGGGAAAUAGAGGGCUUGACGCAUUCUUUACAUCCUGCAUUUACUCUGACCACAGUCCCUCCCUGUUCUCACAAGCGGAGCUCAGCCCUGCUUCCCUUCCUGUUGAUUCCCAGUCAGCUACAUGACUGCCUGAAGUUACAUUGUAGAUGCUGAAAUCACUGCACCUUAAAAACAAAAAGAUUAAGCCACACUGCAUUCCUAAUGGUGGAAUUUUUGGACUGUGCAUCUGUUUAGGCACGUGGAGAAAGACAAGACUGAGAUCAUCAGUGGUUGGCAGUUUUCCUCAACUUCGCAAGAGAGAGAUUUGGUUGGAAUGAAACCUUGCUCUGCGUACAGCCUGCUUGAGAUGCAGCAUUGAAAGAUCACUCACAAUCAGUUUGUGGCCUUUCUCUGGAGGAACCUUUCCUUGUCUCUUGUACACAGCCUCUCUCUGUUCCCUGCCCCAAUGAACGUCUGCACUAGGUCCAAGGCUUGGAGUAAUUUACCUGAAGAGUGAUACCAUUUGGAAACCACUGAAGAAACCCAAGACAGCUGAAAACCAGAAGGCGUCUGAGGAGAAUGAGAUUACUCAGACGGGUGCAUGCAGCGCCAAGCCGGGCCUUCCCCGCCUGAACCUUGAAGCUGUUCCUUCUCUGAGCCCGGCCCUCAUCCACUCUCCACAUUCACCAACAAACCUGCACGCACACACAGGGUCAUCUGAUUGUAACAUCAGUUGCAAGGGGAUGACAGAGCGCAUUCAUAGCAUCAACCUUCACAACUUCAGCAAUUCUGUGCUCGAGACCCUCAACGAGCAGCGCAACCGUGGCCACUUCUGUGACGUGACGGUCCGCAUCCACGGGAGCAUGCUGCGCGCCCACCGCUGCGUGCUGGCGGCUGGCAGCCCCUUCUUUCAGGACAAGCUGCUGCUGGGCUACAGUGACAUCGAGAUCCCCUCAGUGGUGUCGGUCCAGUCUGUGCAAAAGCUCAUUGACUUCAUGUACAGCGGGGUGCUGCGGGUCUCACAGUCAGAGGCCCUCCAAAUCCUCACAGCCGCCAGCAUCCUGCAGAUCAAGACUGUGAUUGAUGAGUGCACAAGGAUUGUCUCACAAAAUGUGGGAGAUGUCUACCCGGUGAUUCAGGAUUCUGGCCAAGAGACACCCAGGGGAACACCUGAAUCAGGCACCUCGGGGCAGAGCACCGACACAGAGUCUGGCUACCUGCAGAGCCAUUCACAGCACAGUGUGGACAGGAUCUAUUCAGCCCUCUAUGCCUGUUCCAUGCAAAAUGGCAGUGGGGAGCGCUCCUUUUACAGUGGAGCUGUGGUCAGCCACCAUGAGACAGCCCUGGGACUCCCCAGGGACCAUCACAUAGAAGACCCCAGCUGGAUUACCCGGAUCCAUGAACGGUCACAACAGAUGGAGCGGUACCUCUCCACCACUCCAGAGACCACACACUGCCGGAAGCAACCCCGCCCUGUCCGAAUUCAAACCCUGAUGGGCAACAUCCAUAUUAAACAGGAGAUGGAGGAUGACUAUGACUACUACGGCCAACAGAGGGUGCAGAUCCUUGAGCGCAAUGAGUCUGAGGAAUGCACUGAGGACACUGACCAAGCAGAAGGCACUGAGAGCGAGCCCAAAGGGGAGAGUUUUGACUCAGGUGUCAGUUCCUCCAUUGGCACUGAGCCUGAUUCCAUGGAGCAGCAGUUUAUGGCUGGUCUGGGCCGGGAUGGACAGCAAGAACCUUCUCAAACAGAUCAAAAUGAUGUCCCUGCUGAUGGCACUCAGCCGCAGCAGCAGCAGCAGCAACAUGUAGAUGCCAACUCUUCCUCACCAGAGAGAAGCAAUGACGUUGAAAUGGACAGCAAAGUGCUCACAGUCAAUAACAGCACCGAAAAGGGGGCUUUGCAGCCUUCUGUCAACACAUCUGUUGCCCAACCAUUGCCAACCACACAGAUCUACUUACGCCAGACAGAAACCCUCACCAGCAAUCUGAGGAUGCCACUGACUUUGACCAGCAACACUCAGGUCAUUGGCACAGCUGGCAACACCUACCUGCCUGCCCUUUUCACCACGCAGUCUGCUGGCAGUGGCCCUAAGCCCUUUCUCUUCAGCCUGCCCCAGCCUUUAGCUGGCCAACAGACACAGUUUGUGACAGUGUCCCAGCCUGGCCUGUCAACCUUUACUGCCCAGCUGCCAGCCCCACAGCCCUUGGCCCCGUCUGCGGGCCACAGCACAGCGGGUGGGCAAGGCGAAAAAAAGCCUUACGAGUGCACUCUCUGUAACAAGACUUUCACCGCCAAACAGAACUACGUCAAGCACAUGUUUGUACACACAGGUGAGAAACCACACCAAUGCAGCAUCUGUUGGCGCUCCUUCUCUUUAAAGGAUUACCUAAUCAAACACAUGGUGACACACACUGGCGUGAGGGCCUACCAGUGCAGUAUCUGCAACAAGCGCUUCACCCAGAAGAGCUCCCUUAAUGUGCACAUGCGUCUCCACCGCGGGGAGAAGUCCUACGAGUGCUACAUCUGCAAGAAGAAGUUCUCCCACAAGACCUUGCUGGAGAGGCAUGUGGCUCUGCACAGUGCCACCAACGGCACGCCUGGAGCCACCGGCACCGGCGCGAGGGCUGUCCCCGCCGGCGUGGUGGCCUGCACGGAGGGGACCACGUACGUCUGCUCUGUCUGUCCAGCUAAGUUUGACCAAAUCGAGCAUUUCAACGACCACAUGAGGAUGCAUGUGUCAGACGGAUAAGUAGAAUCUCUCUCUCUCUCUUUGUUAUGAACAACAAAAAUAGAAACAACAAAAAAAGCUAUGGCACUAGAAUUUAAGAAAUUAUUUUUGUUUCAUUUUUACCUUUAUUUUCCUCCUUUUUUUGGGUUCAUUUUGUUUUGUUGGUUUUUGUACUACAUGAAGAACUGUUUUUUGCCUGCUGGUACAUUACAUUUCCGGAGGCUGGGUGAAUAAUAAUUUUCCCAGCCUCCCUCGGAUGGUGGCCUUAAGGCCAGGUAGUGCUUCAUGAGCUCCACUGGUUGGAUCUCUAGCUACUGGCCUCUAAAUACAACCCUUCUUUACUACAAAAAGCAAACAACAAAAAAAAAAAAUCCACAAAAAAAAUUAAAAAAAAAAAGACAGAAAAAUAAUAAAAAAAAAAUCUUUUUUCUCACUUGUGAAGAGCACUACAAAUAAAGAAACAAAACAAAAUAUAUUACAAAUCUACAAGGCCUACUGUCAUUAUAAGUACACCGCUUGCAGUGUUUCAAUGGACAUGAUUCACAUUGCUGACCGCUUUUGGACUUCACAGUAUCCAGUUAGAACUGUGGAAUAUUUUGCUUCUGGUUGAGCAGCAACCAGAGGAAACAAGGCCCUGCUGGUUUCCACCACGUGUCUGCUUUCUCACAUACACGCAUCCACAAACACACAAAAAGGGCUGAGGGGAAUGCGAGGCAGUGUGGCUUGGAUAGUGUGGAGUCCCCGCAGGGUGAGGAAAAAGAAUCAGAGGUUCCUCACCUGGAUUCUGCUUCAUCCCACGCUGUCUGGCGCACCCUCCCCGCUGCUUUUCUCGUACCACCACCACCACCUUAUAGCAGAAACCAAGAAGAUUCAGACAACGAGCAACGGUGGCUUCUUUGUAAUUUAUUCAGUGUCUUCGCUGAGCACAGGGCCUCAGCACAAUCAAGAGGGACUUUCACAGAAGGCAAAGAGAAACACAGAGGAAAAUCAAAGAUAUCAGAGGUUGCAACCUAUGGAUCUAGGUACAAGAGAAGGGUUAGUUCCCACAAUCUUUGCAAAAAAAAAAAAAACAAAAAAGUUGCAUCAGGAUUUAUUCUUGUGGAAGAA